GUUCCACGAGGCUGCACCCGAAGCCAAGUUCUCUCUAUGCCUAGGGCUCGGGAUGUCCUCGGUGCUUAACCGCAAGGACCUAGGACCUUGGCAACAGCUGGGGCAGACGAACGCUGACCCGGCAAGGGUGUCAGUCAUGGCCGUGGCAGGCCGCCUGAAGCUGAACUCAGGAAGCUAGCAACCAUGUGGCCACCCGGGCCGGCCCGACACAGGACCGGACGCACGCCCGUAGCUCUCACUGAUCCGCUGGAGCCAACCCUAUCGGCGCGGGCCCGAGGCACUCCAGCCUUUGCCGCACGUGCGCUCCUUGAGGCGGGGCCCACGGUACUCACACGCCAGCCAAGGACGCAGCAACCAAAACCUGGAACUGCGAGCUCAGGACUGCAAAGGAAAGAGAGGGCGACCGCGCAGCUCCCGGAAAACGCAGCGGCACAGACCACGAGAGGCCCGGCGGGGGACACAACCCUCAGCACGCGCUGCCUCGCCCGCGGAGCAUGCACCACGAUGCAUGCAGGAACCACUACGGCAGAAGCCAGGGGAUAGCUACCUCGGGCGCCGCACUUCACCCGAGGAGUUGUCACAAACAGCCGAGAACCGGGCGUCCCAACACGCAGCACCCCUGCACAGCCCGAAGAGUGGAGCGGCCGGACUAGGGCGGCACGAAACGGAGUUGGUGUGCGCACGCGCUGGUGACGCGCCCGAGUCCAGACCUUGCGCAGGCGCCCUGAGACGGAGGGGCGGGAGUAGCGCGCCUGUGCCUGCAGGGCUGGCGAGACAAAAGGGAGGGACCCGGGCAGCCCCGCCCCCGAGCCCCGCCCCGAGCGGCCCGCGCGGGGUGUCAGGCUCGCUAGCCCGGUGGUCCCCCACCCCCGACGCCAUGUACCCCACGAGCUCACCCGCCGGCCCGGCCCUGCACCCGGUCCCUCAUAGCGCUCGUCUUCCCCCGCCCCGGCGCCUUGCGGAGCCGCAGCGAUCGCCCGCUGCCGGCCAGGGUCCCACGGCGCGCCCGCCGCCCACCGCGCCCGGGCCGCGGCCCCGCGUGGCCGUAAAAAUGACUUUCCGCAAGGCCUACUCCAUCAAAGACAAGCUGCAGGCCAUCGAGCGCGUCAAGGGCGGUGAGCGGCAGGCCAGCGUGUGCCGCGACUUCGGCGUACCGGGCGGCACGCUGCGCGGCUGGCUCAAGGACGAGCCCAAGCUGCGCUGGUUUCUGGACCAGCUUGGUGGAGAGGUGGGCACGCAGCGCAAGAAGAUGCGUCUGGCCAACGAGGAGGAGAUAGACCGCGCCGUCUACUCGUGGUUCCUCACCUUGCGCCAGCACGGCGUGCCGCUGUCCGGUCCGGUCAUCCAAGCUCAGGCUGAGGCCUUUGCUCGCCAGAUCUAUGGCCCCGAGUGUACCUUCAAGGCUAGCCAUGGCUGGUUCUGGCGCUGGCAGAAGCGCCAUGGCAUCUCCAGCCAGCGUAUCUAUGGCGAGGCUGAACCCCCGGCCGCAGGCCCUGCGCCUGUCAAGGAGGAGCCUGCACAGCCACCCGGCGCAGUUCUACCUGACCGUGCGCUGGCCACUCUACCCCACUCCGAGGGCGGCUAUGGUGACGAGCAGAUCUACAAUGCCAACGUUACUGGUCUCUACUGGAGGUUACUUCCGGAGCAGGCCGCAACUCCGGGCACUGGGAACUCCAGCGGGCCUGGUGGGUGCAGCCGGCGCUGGCCAGGCGACCGAGUGACAGUACUGUUGGCCGCCAACCUGACGGGCAGCCACAAGUUAAAGCCACUAGUUAUCGGGCAGCUACCAGACCCACCCAGCUUGCGUCACCACAACCAGGACAAGUUCCCAGCUUCCUACCGCUACAGUCCGGAUGCCUGGCUCAGUCGUCCUCUUCUUCGGGGCUGGUUCUUUGAGGAGUUUGUCCCUGGCGUCAAGCGCUACCUGCGCCGAAGCUGCCUACAACAGAAAGCUGUGUUGCUGGUGGCCCAUCCACCCUGUCCAAGCUGGGCCACUAGGAUGCCCGCCCUGGAAGAGAGUGGGGAGACUCCCAGGCAGUGCCAUCCUGAGCUCCUUGGGUCCCCGGAGGAGUUGCAGACACCUGAUGGUGCCGUUCGAGUGCUCUUCUUGUCCAAGGGCAGCAGCAGCCGAGCACACAUCCCUGCACCGUUGGAACAUGGUGUGGUGGCAGCCUUCAAACAUUUGUACAAACGAGAGCUGCUGAGGCUUGCUGUGUCUUGUGCCAGUGGCUCCCCACUGGACUUCAUGAGAAGCUUCAUGCUCAAGGACAUGCUAUACCUGGCUGGCCUCUCUUGGGACCUGGUCCAGGCGGGCAGCAUAGAACGCUGCUGGCUGCUGGGUCUUCGGGCAGCCUUUGAGCCUGGGCAGCAGCCGGUCCACCAGGUCGAGGAGGCUGCUGAACACAGCAGGGUGCUCAGUGACCUCACACAUCUGGCAGCUCUGGCUUACCAGCGCCUGGCACCUGAAGAGGUGGCCGAGUGGCUGCACCUGGACGAUGAUGGAGGUCUCCCUGAGGGCUGCGGAGAGGAGGUGGUCCCCGCAGCCCCUCCAUCCCCAGCCAGCCUGCCGUCUAGCAUGGGGGCUGGAGAGGAGGAGGAAGAGGCCACUGUGCAAGGAGGAAUGUUGGUACCUACGGCUGGGGAAGCUGUUUGGGGUCUAGAGACAGCCCUGAGGUGGCUGGAGAGCCAGGAUCCUAGAGAAGUGGGGCCCCUGAGGCUAGUGCAGCUACGAUCCCUCAUUACCAUGGCACGGAGGCUUGGAGGCCUUGCACCCUCACCAGCCGCUUCUCAUGAUGGCGUGUGACUACUGUGGCCCGCUGGUCUUUUUUCCUGCUGCACUGGGAGAGAGGGGGCAUACACAGUCUGCCAUCUUCCACCUUUUCUCCCUGGUAUAGUCCACUGUAGAGGUCCAGGGGUGCAAGCCCAACACAGCUUGGAGGAGUUGAGUUGGUAAAGGAUGCCCUGCCCCGUGAUCCACAGCGUCUUGGGGAAAUAGCUUAAAGAAGCAAAUGCUCUUUGCCGAGUAGGCACAUGUGGGCCCAUAAGCACAAGCACCUACUGGAGAACAGUUGACUGGACCUCCAUUCUGGCCCCUAUGGGGCUCACCCCUACCCCCAUGUGCACUGGAUGAGGCUGCUGCUUCUGUUUCAUCUGCCUCCCUGGUGCUACCUGUUCUCAUCUCAGUGGGAAAGCGCUUGGUUUUGUUUUAAAAACAAAAACACAUUAAACCUGUUUUAAAAGAU